GAGAGAGAGAGAGAGAGAGAGGGAAGAGAGUAGUAGCUUCACUGAGAGAGAGAGAGAGAGAGAGAGAGGGAGAGAGUAGCAGCUCCACUCAGAGCCCCAGAGGCUGCAGCAUCAGCAGCACCAUGAAUCUCAGCGAAGCCCAGUGAGAAACGAGCAACUCCGAGGAGCUGGAGAAAGUGGAUGCUGAAGGAGCGAACAUCGCUGACUUUUGUUUUCAUACAGUUUAUAUUUUAAAGCCUCCACAGGAACAAAAGUGGACAAAGGUUGACCGCGGUUUAUUUCCAGGAUCCUGUUCCGGAGGGAGCCAUGGAUUACUGGCCUGAACUCACUUCACUUCAGCUGGUCUUGCUGAUUUUAACAGCAAUCAGGACCAGUCACACUCUGUUGGAUAGAACAGCAGAGGAGAGUUUUCCAGCGCAGUUAUAUUCUCAUCCCUCAAAUCCAGCAGAAGAAAGCAGAGUUACCUCCUGCAAUUUUGAAUCUCCAUGUUCCUGGAGCGUGUCCAAUCACAGCACUGGUGGAGACUGGUAUGUCACGUCGCCACAGCAACACAGGCCCGGUAGACGAGGUGCCCAACCAAUCAUGGAUCACUCUGUUGGAGACUCUAAAGGUCAUUUCCUGGUUGUGAAGCCUGACUCGGGCCUCAGGGCUUCUGGGAUUUGCACUUUUCACAUCACCAGUCCCGUAGUGCUGAGUAGUGGGCCGCUGUGUCAGGUCCGUCUGGCGCACUUCCAGCCAGAGCCAAGAAAGGGAAACUUGUCUGUGUCUGUAAAACUCACUGAGUCUGGAGUCGUCCAGUCACCAGCCUUCAUCAGCAAAGAACAGGAUGGAGCCAGGGCAUCAUGGGAGGUGCUGGAAGCGCCGAUUGGUAAAUUGGACGAGCCUUUCCAGGUGAUGGUGCAGUACACUUCAUGUAGUGGUCAGGAUGUCGGAUUUCUGGCCGUUGAUUCACUGGAGCUGAAGGACUGUGACCCAGAGAGCGGUGAUUUAGUGUUGGGUCCAGACUGCGAGGAGGACUCAGGCUUUCACUGUGAUUUGGGGGACUGUGUGGACAAAAGCAGAGUGUGUGAUUUCCACUCUGACUGCCCUCUGGGGGAGGAUGAGGGCUUCAUCUGUGGUAGAUUGCCGUUGGGUUCAUACUGUUCAUUUGAGUCAGGCUCCUGUGGGUGGUCAGCUUCUGAUAGACAGUCUUCCUGGAUGCUAGCCAAUGGUGAACAACUGUCCGAAAGCACUGACCUUCUAGGAACAACACUCCAAAACACUCAAGGUCACUUCCUGUUCCUAAAGGUCAGAGGCAACGCUAAUGGUAACGAGGCAUCCAUUCAAAGCCCGGCUCUUCCUUCAACUGUAUCUAGCCGAGAGUGCCAGUUGCACUUCUCGCUGUAUCUGUACGGAGAUUUUAAUGGCACAGUGCUGCUGUCGGUGGUGGAAAACGGUACUGCAGCGACUCCUUUAGUGUGGGAAAGGGCUGGACAGUGGAACGACGAUUGGCAGGACAUCACUCUGCAAGUCACUGACCUCCUAAAAGGGUUCCAUAUAAAAGUGCAGGCUCUGUGGGCCACCGGCUCGAAGGCUGACAUUGCACUGGAUGAAAUUUCAUUAAGUGCAGCAUGUUUUGACACAGAUUUGAAUGCACUGCUUUUUGGACAUCAAGAUUUGGACUCCAUCAGCAAGCUGGACUUCCUGAGCCCCCUUCCUGAGCCUUCUGUAACAGAGUCACAGAUGACCUGGUGGUUCACUUCCUGUGGGGCAAGUGGACCUCGUGGACCCACUCAGGCCCAAUGUGACAGCGCCUAUCGAAACACUAAUGUUAGUGUGGUGGUGGGGAAAGAAGGCCCUCUCCGGGGUGUCCAGAUGUGGAGGGUCCCUGCAACCAACCGAUACAAGAUCACAGCCUAUGGAGCUGCUGGAGGCAAAGGGGCAAAGAACCACAACAAGCGCUCACAUGGGGUCAUCAUUUCAGCCAUCUUCCCACUGGAGAAAGGGGACAUCCUCUAUCUCCUGAUCGGUCACCAGGGUGAAGAUGCUUGCCCAGGAAGGAACGCUCUGACCCACAAGAUCUGCCUGGGUGAGUCGACUGUCAUUGAGGACGGCUUUGACAGAGAUAGUUCUGCCAUGGAAUGGGCCGGGGGUGGUGGUGGCGGUGGGGGAGCUACGUUCAUUUUUCAGUUGGAGGACGGGGAGCCAGUGCCUCUGCUGAUAGCAGCUGGUGGGGGUGGGAAGGCAUACCUGGAGGACCCCGAGAGCAGUUUGGACCAGAUCCCUCUGGAGCAAUAUGAGAAUGACACGGUGGCAGCUGGGGUCAAUGGCCGAACCGGAGCAGCAGGAGGGGGAGGUGGAUGGAGGGACACCACUACACACCUCUGGGCAGGAAGAUCUCUGUUUGAAGGGGCAGAAGGGGGCUCGUCUUGCCCUCAGGCCCUGUCUAAACUCGGCUGGGCUACUUUUGGAGGAUUUGGGGGAGGAGGAGGCGCGUGUACUGCUGGAGGCGGUGGAGGAGGAUACAGAGGUGGUGAUGUGUCCCACACUGAUGACAUCACAGCAGACGGGCAGGAUGGCAUUUCUUUUGUCCACCCCUCAGGAGAGAUAUUUCUGCAGCCGUUGGCAGCCAUGGAAAGUCAUGGGGAAGCUGAGAUUGAAGUGCACCUGAACUGCAGCCACUGUCAGACUCAGAGCUGUAAACGAGAUGAAGACAGCAGACUCAUUCUCUGCCUGUGUCACAAUGAGGAAGUGCUCGCUCCAGACAACGUCACCUGCAUAGAUCCCCCAGUGGAAACGCAGGGUUCUGUGGCUGAGGGAUACCCAUCCCUGUCUCUCAUCCUGGCUGUGGUAGCAUCCACUGUGAUAAUGGGCAUCGUGCUGACCUGUGCCAGCCUCACACUCAUGUACUACCGGAAAAAGAACCACCUGCAUGCCGUGCGGGUGCGUCUGCAGAGCCCCGAAUACAAGCUGAGCAAGAUCCGCUCCUCCACCAUCAUGACAGACUACAACCCAAACUACUGCUUCGCUGGCAAGGCAGCUUCACUGAAUGAACUGAAGGAGGUUCCACGCAAGAACAUCACCCUACUCAGGGCUUUGGGGCACGGUGCUUUUGGAGAAGUGUAUGAAGGCCAGGUUCUGGGAAUGAACGGAGAAAACACUGCCAUGCAGGUCGCCAUAAAGACUCUCCCGGAAAUCUGUUCUGAACAAGACGAGAUGGAUUUCCUCAUGGAGGCACUGAUUAUGAGUAAAUUUAAUCAUCAGAACAUAGUGCGCUGUAUUGGAGUCAGUCUGCAGAUCCUGCCCCGGUUUAUUCUUCUAGAGCUCAUGACUGGAGGAGACAUGAAGAGCUUUUUGAGACACAACCGUCCCAAAGUUAACCAGGCCUCCACCCUGACUAUGCUGGAGCUGCUGCACAUGGCCAGAGACAUUGCAUUUGGCUGUCAGUAUCUAGAAGAGAACCACUUCAUUCACAGAGACAUCGCUGCACGGAACUGCCUGCUGACUUGUCCUGGUCCAGAGAGAGUGGCCAAAAUUGGAGAUUUCGGAAUGGCUCGAGACAUAUACAGGGCCAGUUACUACAGAAAAGGUGGUCGUGCUAUGCUGCCAGUCAAAUGGAUGCCUCCCGAAGCCUUCCUGGAGGGCAUCUUCACCUGCAAGACUGAUACUUGGUCAUUUGGGGUACUGCUAUGGGAAAUUUUCUCCCUGGGCUAUAUGCCUUACCCCUGUAAGACUAACCAGGAGGUGCUGGAGUUUGUGACAAGUGGAGGACGCAUGGAUCCUCCAAAGAGUUGCCCAGGCCCUGUGUAUCGGAUCAUGACGCAGUGUUGGCAACACUGUCCAGAGCAUCGGCCAAACUUCUCCACUAUUUUAGAGAGGAUCAAUUAUUGCACUCAGGACCCUGAUGUCAUCAACACGCCUCUCCCAGUGGAGUAUGGGCCGGCUGUGGAGGAAGAGGGCAGCACUGUGAUUCGUCCAGAAGGCUCUGGCAGUAUGACCCCUCUUCUGGUGACCCAUUCUAUGUCACAAGAUGCACCUCUGCAGCCUGGCGUCUCUGCCCCACUCCCUCAGGUCCACAAACCCCGCUUGCUGCUACAACGACCCGCCCAAAUGACUCAGGAGGUAGCCACCUACCGUGAAGCUUUAGAGCCAUGUUGGGCUGAGCCAGUUCCUGCACCAGGAACCUGCUCUGGUUCCUGGCUACAGGUUCCAGAGCACCGGCCGUGCUCGAGAUCCAGCUCCUCCUCAGGCAGCCAGAAACUGAAGAACAAAACCAAGAACCUGUGGAACCCAACCUAUGGUUCCUGGGUUCUGGAGAGCUUUGGACGGGGAAAGACAGCCCUGUCCCACACUCAGUCCAUGCCUCUGUCCUGUACCUCCACUGGCUUGACUGUGUCUACCUCUACCUCAGAGCACAACGACUCUGGAACAGAAGCUAAUACUUCCCCAUGCUCAAACACACCUCCUGCACCCUCUCAGAAUGCCGCCAGUCCUUCAGGACCUUCAAGUCUCGCAUCGCGGAAAGGGACAGCCGGGGCUGCAGGGGGCCCACUCACUGCAGUCAUGGACCUGGCCAAGCUCCAGAGCUUCCCUUGUGGCAAUGUAAAUUAUGCCUAUGACGAGCAGAGCUAUGAGGCAGAGAGUUUGCCCUUAGUAGUUGCCAGGUCUCCAGAACCUAGCACUAGCUCUGCAGCUAGUUCCUCGCUAGCAGCACUGGGCCUGGCUUCCUCCUCCGUUAAUCACAAACCACCAGUCAAGCGUCAUGCCAGCUAUGGACAUGAAGAUGUCAGGAGGCAUACAAAGCCCGAGAAACCCACGCGGGACAGAGACUCAGGCUUCUCACUGUCCGAAGACCUUAGCGUUACCCCUGUGUAGCAUUUCCAAAGUCUUGCACUUAACUAAAGCACCGCAGUAUCCUGAAAACCCCCAACACCUCAUUUUGUUUGGGUUGCGCAACGAAUCAGCAGACGUUUUUUGUGUAAUCUUUUUGCAUAUGGUACACUGAAAUUUUCCAUGACUGAGACUUAUUGCCCAGUGUUUGCUGGAAGCAAGAGCUACUUACUGCUGAAGAACAGACACAUGGCAUUGCUACUGUAGAGACGAAGGACAUUAUGAAAGGCGGUGCCCUGUUUUCUAGGUCCAACUGGCUCAUGGUUUCUAUGGGAACUUGCACAAAGCUAUUAGGAAGCCCUUGGCUCCUAGACCCAUUUACACUGGAUUCUCAUCUGCAGUCAACACUGUGAAAACACAUAUGUUAUGUUCACUUUAAGAUACCACAUACAAUUCUGUCGUUUGAUGUACCAGCAUUAGAUAUAGAGCAAGCAGACAAAGAUCUCUUUGAGAAGACCUUCUAACUGUUAGUAGUCCUUGUAAAGAGGAAUCGAGAGAAAUACAGCCAGUUUCAAGCUGGGCUUUGAAAUUCUCAAGGGUGGUUUUGUAAAUACCCAAAACCUUAUUUUAUUUAUUACUGAAAGGCUAUGAACGUGUUAGAGUAAGUAUAGCAGUUUUGCAAUUGGAUGGACCUCUCUUGAUAAAGCAGUGAAAUUACUGGAAAAAAGGUAAACAUGGAAAAUUACUUAAUCAUUCAGUGGUUUAGAUGUAAACAAAAUCAUUCAGAGUGAUUCAGUGUGAAAUGUGCCUUUCUAGAGAAAUUUGCCAAGUCAGAAUUGUUCACCAUUAUAGUACCAGGAACCAAACAUCUGGCACUAAAUGGUACUAAAAGCUACAUCCCAUUAAGUUAUUACACAAAAUCGUUAUAAAUACGUUGCCUGAUACCUGAGACAUUGUUUUGUGAUAGUUCUGUUAUAAAGUUUUGGCAUAACUAUAACUCCAGGAUCACUUCUGUGUUUCCUGUCAAAACCGCAUUAUCAACUGAGAUCAACAUGCGCAAGCUAACGUGCUUUUGUUGUUACUAGCCUGUAGCUACAGCCGUUCAACAUGGCUGGUUCAAUGCCAGUGUUGUAUCCGAUUCACUUCCCCCUCAAAUUCACGUUCCCUUUGACAAAUCAGGUGCUCGGGUGCACGCAUUCACUGAGAGAUAACAACACCAAGCAUCACUGGAACUACGGAAAGCGAAAAGGUUAAAAAAAUGUUUAUACGGCAGCUGUGCUCACCAAUCGGCAACAAACGGUUAAAAAGUAUUUAUCAGUACGAUUGUUUGCUGUUUGCUCAAAUUGAAAAUAAUAUUUAUUGCAGAAUCUCAAUUAUGCCGUGCAUCUUGGGUGAAUAUAUAUUGGGGAUUUCCGUAGUUCCAGUGUUGCUUGGUGUUGUUUUCUGUUCAGUGAACGCGCGCACCCGAGGACCUGAUUUAUCAAAGGAAACGUGAAUUUGAAGGCGAACUGAAUUGGAUACAACACCGGCAGCAGCUUUUGUUUACAGUUUAUUUUUAGUUUUCUUAUGUUUUCGGAAGAUGGUAAAGUGUGUGGAGGAGAUGAGGUGUGUUUCCAAAAUGUCGUAGAGCCAUGUCAAUUUGAACUAGAAUACACAAAUGACUUGCAGCGGCUUGAAGAAGAUAGAGCAAACAAGGGAGAGAGAGAGAGAGA